UUAAAGGGGCAGUCCGUGUUUUCCAGGCACAACAUGGCGGCUGCAGUUAGAAAUGCUGCAUGUCCAAAUACGGCUCAAAGGUUCACAGGGUAAGCUCAGCUCAGCUCAGCUGGAGAGAAUAGCUUCGCUGGACAGGUGACACCUGGAGCACCUGGACCACGCGCUCCAUGUGUUUCAGAGACGUUUUCAGCUCAUCCUGGCCCUGUACCCUUGUGAUCUAAGCCAGCUCAACUUCACACCUGGUGAACACCUGUGGAGCGUCACUUGGAGCUGUGACUCAUCAGGUAAGCCCACCUGCUGUAGAUCCAACAUGGCCUCUGAGGAGUCUCCUCCAGGUGAGCAGGUGAAGAGGAGCAGCAGGAGGCCUCAGAAGAAGAUCGGAGAGGUGGAGGACCGGACGUGGGCCGGCCACAGAGCGCUGCAGGCCGGGCGGCCGCAGGACGCGCUGCGCUGCUUCAAGCAGGCCCUGCAGGCCGCUGUACAGCUGCAGGACUCACGGGCUUUGCGUGCCUGUUCCUUCAACCUGGGCGCCGCCUACGUGGAGGCGGGCCGACCUGGGAGAGGACUAGACCUUCUGCGCCGAAACCGGCCCGGUCCAAAAGCUGAGCGGCUCCCGGACCUGCAGUUCAACACAGCGCUGGCCCACAAUGCACUGGGGCAGUACCAGGAGGCCGUCACCCACUUCCAGCGGGCCGCUCAGCUUUACCGAUCGCAGGGAGACGGAGGCAGCGAGGGCGACGCCUGCAUGGAGCUGGGCCGCUGCUGCAGCAGAACCCAGGUGUUUUUCCAGGUAUCUUCCAGGUGUUUCCAGGACUGGCCUCAGGCGGUGCAGAGUUUCCUCCGCGCAGCAGAGAGUUAUAAAAUGGCCUCCAUGUUGGAUUCUGCAGCCGCCGCCCUUAAAGAGGCAGGAAGUCACAUGGUCCAAUCAGAUCUGUCCAACCAUGAUGACAUCAGCAGCGUGCUGACAGAGUGUCUGAGUUUGAGCAGCAGCAUCAGAGACCCGAGCAUUCUGGGUGAGCUGUACCUGUCGGUGGGCGUGGCCUACUGCCGCAUCAGGUGCUUCCAGGAGGCGGUGAGCUGCCUCGGGCGAGCCGUGGAGCCGGCAGCUCACCGCCCCCCCCUGCUGGCCAAAGUGCUGCACAACCUGGGAGCGGCGCUUAACGCCGCGGGCGACUUCAGCUCAGCUGUGGAGCGGCACCGUCUGGCCGCGCGGCUCUACGGCUCUCAAGGUUGCCGUGGUGAUCAGGCUCGAUGUUUCAGUAACCUGGCCAUCGCCUGCAGUCACCUGGGGGAUGACCAGGAGGCAGCAGAGAGCUUCAUCCUGGCACUACAGGGAUUCAGAGACACAGGUGACCGCCUGGCUGAGGUCCAGGUGUGUGAGCAUCUGGCUGAGUGUUACCUGAGGCAGAAGAAGCUGCAGAAAGCUGUUGAGCUCUACAAACAGGCCCUCAGCGCGCUCUCUCACUGCAAGGAGGCUGAAGGUGUUCAGGACCGGCUGGUGGAACGUCUGACUGCGGCUCUGCAGCUCAGUCUGACGGCGACACAGAGGCCACGCCCCCACAGGCCCCGCCCACAUCUGCCCCAGCCCCACAGCUCACCUGGUCACCAGGACGUCAGGAAGCUUGACGUGGCACGUCUGGCAGCCAAUCAGCAUUUAGAUGAGCAAAGGGUGGAGUCUCCAGGUAAGUUUUACCUUUAUUAUUUUCUUUCUUUCGUUGCUAUGGUUACACCUGAUUGUGCUCAGGAGCAAAAGCUGAGAAGAGCUCAGGUAGACAGGCAGCGGCUGAUCCAGAGGGCGGAGUCACACCUGGACGACACCUCUCAGAACCACCAGAGGAGCUGCAGCAAGGUGAGUCACCUGGACUUUACACAUCUGCUACACCUGAGCAGCAGGUCGACUGGAGCUGAAGAAGUGAGCUACCUGUUUGCGUUUCCAGGUGAGCUGUGGUUGGACAGAGCCAACCCUCACACGGACAGUGAAGCUUCUUCACCUGAGCAGCUGGAGUCCCCCCCCUCCUGUUCAGGUGAUCUCAGGAAGUCUGGUUCACCUGAGGCCAGUUGGAGGUCCUGCCUCUGUUCUCUGAUGUAGCCUUCUGAUUGGACAGUGGACUGAUGAUGUCAGACCAUCAAGACUGAGAUGUUUCAUCACAUGAUCUUCAUGCAGCUCUGCAUCCAUCAUGGCUUCCUGAUGCAGAUUUACCUCCUGACUCCCAGAUUCUAACCCAGGUAACCAGGUGACCAGGUAACCUAGGUUUGAAUCUGGGAGUCAGAAAAAAUAUUGUAUUGUCACAUGACUUAUUGUAAAUAUUACAUUUUGUAAUCCCCCGAGGAUUUUCUAAAAACUAGAAGCAGGUCGACCACCAGGGGGCGCUGGACUACACCCUAACCCUCUCCACUGGAGACAGCGCCACCUACCUGUCCUUACAAGAUCAUUGAGGAAGAGGACAGAUUGAGCUUCAUCAAUAAAUUCCUCCUGCUGCGUCUCACCUGAAUGUUU